GCCGUGGACAGCAACCCCCUGUCUCUGUAUGUCAUGCAUCCCUUCUGGAACACGAUAGUGAAGAUCUUCCCUACCUGGCUGGCCCCAAAUUUGAUAACGUUUUCUGGCUUCCUGCUGCUUGUCUUCAACUUCUUCCUCAUGGCAUACUUCGACCCUGACUUUUAUGCUUCUGCUCCUGAUCACCAGCAUGUUCCAGACUGGGUGUGGGUCAUUGUCGGUCUUCUCAACUUCAUUGCCUAUACAUUAGAUGGUGUUGAUGGGAAGCAGGCUCGCCGGACCAACUCCAGCACGCCCCUGGGAGAGCUCUUUGAUCACGGCCUGGACAGCUGGGCAUGCGUGUACUUUGUCGUGACAGUCUACUCCACCUUUGGACGGGGCUCCACGGGUGUCAGUGUCUUCGUUCUCUACCUCCUCUUAUGGGUGGUCUUGUUUUCGUUCAUCCUCUCCCACUGGGAGAAGUAUAACACAGGGAUCCUCUUCCUGCCCUGGGGAUAUGACAUCAGCCAGGUGACCAUUUCAAUUGUCUACAUAGUGACAGCCAUUGUGGGAGUGGAGGCCUGGUAUGCACCUUUCCUGUUUAAUUUCUUAUAUAGAGACCUAUUCACUGCAAUGAUUAUUGCUUGCGCGCUCACUGUGACGCUGCCGAUGAGCCUCUAUAACUUCUACAAGGCCUAUAAAAAUAACACCUUGAAGCACCACUCUGUGUAUGAAAUCAUGCUGCCACUGGUAUCCCCAGUGUUGCUGUUCCUGCUGUGCACCACAUGGGUCUUUGUGUCCCCGACAGACAUCCUGGAAGUUCAUCCCAGGCUCUUCUAUUUCAUGGUCGGAACAGCCUUCGCUAACAUUUCUUGCCAACUGAUUGUCUGUCAGAUGAGCAGCACACGCUGCCAGCCUCUGAACUGGAUGCUGCUCCCCAUAGCGGUGGUGCUCUUCGUGGUGAUGUCCAGGUUCGCGCCGAACAGCGAAACACUUCUCCUCUACUUGUUAACUGCUUUCCUCACCCUGGCGCACAUCCACUAUGGAGUGGUCGUGGUGAGCCAGCUGAGCAGGCACUUCAAUAUUCGGCCCUUCUCACUAAAGAAGCCCACGCCAGAUUGACUAGGAGUGGAGGAAGAGAAAAUCGGCUUGCGGUCUGUAGAAGUACUGUAAAUAACUGCUGCAAAUACCUGUAAAUACUUCAACCAUCACCACAGAUCUAAACCUAUCCUCUGGACAGACAUCACGGCAAAGUACGCACGGUAUCCAGUGCAGCCAGGGCAGGACUGGGACGGGGCAGCCCCCGCUGCUGUUCGACGAAUGCAAGCUUUCAGUUUUGGGUGAAACUGGACGAGGAGGGUAGCCUUUCAGGUCACUAUUACUGUAUAUGAGACCAGCUGAAUGUUCCCAGUGAAACCUCAAACCCCAGCUCUUGCUCCGGUAAAGCCGGUUGGGGAUGCAAAUGGCCUUACCUGAGCAAAGCAUCUUGACUUGUCAGCAAAACCAACAUAACAGCUGAUUUCUACAAGGUCAGGGGAACAUCCUGGUGGUCGGGGGAGUUCCUGUCUGUCUCUAAUCCUGCUAG